AUGGCCGGAGUCACCCCUGGAAAGACUUUUACUCCAGGUCUAGAUUUCAGCGCACAAUCAUACAGUCAUCUCGCUGAUAAAGUCGAAGCUGAUGUCUCACGAGCUCAUCAUAUAAUCAAGGAGAAACUUCCACUUCUUGGUGAACUAAAAGCGCUGCUCUCGAUCGCUUUUGGCGACAAAGCCCCCUUCUUCAUUGACGCACGAUCUGGUACUGCGGCAGUCUUGGACUCAGUUGAUGACGAGCCUGACACGAGGCUGAACAUCAAGCCCGAGUACAUUUCACAGUUCUACGACGGCAAGCUUGAGCCCCGAUACGGUCUUUUUAAAGAUGCGUUCUUCAAUGAGGCGUCCAUGCCCUCGGGGCGGAUCCCCGUAGCUAUCAAGUUUGCUGACCUACUGACUCCGCAUCCCCCGGUACCGCCCAAGACUGCUGAUAAAUUUGACCGGCUUCCACAGCCAACUGAGGAUCUUGAUCAAGUCAGGCGGGACGUAAAUGAGUUCGGAUAUGUCGAACGCAAAGCUCACUCGGGCCAACAGGCUAAAAAUGUCUUGACGGCGGAGCAAGUCGCCAUCAUGAAAAAAGCUGUGCAAGAGCAGGCUGCAGGUGAACGUGACGCUGGCAUUGCACAGGUGGACGGGGGGCCUAACGGACCAAACCAGCGACUAUGGACUCUCGUCAAUAAGGGUGACGACUUCUUGGACCUUCUGAACCACCCCAUCAUCGAUGAGAUGAUCCCUUGGUUCCUCGGCGAACAUGCCAUCAUCACGACUUAUACGGCCAACAUUGCGCGCCCGGGAAACGUCCCAAUGCAACUGCAUACUGACCAGGUUGCGGUACAGCCUCCCAUUCGUGACCUGGCAUUCGGCAUGAAUAUCAUGUUUUAUCUCGAGGAUGUUACGGAGAAGAAUGGCGCAACGCGUGUAUACCCAGGAUCUCACAUCGGCCAGAUCGCACCUCCAGAUAUCUUCACUGUUGACGGUACUGCUGCAGCUGCGGCCCCAGCCGGGUCGGCUCUGAUCUUCGAGAGCCGCCUCUGGCACGCUACCGGUCCGAAUCGUGAGGAAUCUGGCGAGCGCCCCGUGAUACUUCUCUUCUUCAUGCGCUCCUUCAUCCGACAACAGGAGAACAACUUUCUCUCGCUGCGUAAGGACGUAUGGCCGAAAUUAUCGGACAGGGUCAAGCGAAUGUUGGGGUUCUACACUACUGGCGCUCUGGGUGGUGUGGACGGCGAGGUGAGGGAAGGCUUAUUUGUGGAGUGGAAGGAAGGGGUUGGGAAAAUGCGCGCAGCUCAUGGGAGGUAG